GCCCCCUGGAGGGCCGGUCUCCGCGGAGCUCGCCUCGGCAGGCCGCUCCCGCAGCGGGAGCUCUGGCCGCGCCGUCCCGCCGAGCCGCCGGCGCAGCGGGCGCUGAGGGACGGUCCCUCUGCCGUACCAGCCGCCCGUGGCGCGAGGGGGGCGCGGACAGGUGCUGCUGCCCAUGCUGCGGUGGCUGAUCGGUGGCGGCCGGGAGCCGCAGGGCCUGGCGGAGAAAUCAUCUGUACAGACAAUUGGUGAAGAUCAAAUACAGAAUCCUUACACGGAGCUCCUUGUAUUGAGAGGUCAUCAAGAUAUAGUACGAUUUCUAGUGCAAAUAGAUGACUGCAGGUUUGCAUCUGCAGGAGAUGAUGGAGUUGUAUUUCUGUGGAAUGCUCAGACCGGAGAAAAACUUUUUGAACUUCGUGGACACACACACAAAAUUACAGCUAUAGCACCAUUUUCUUCGCCAGAUGCUUCUGAAGAAAAAAAAUAUUUGAUUUUAACAGCAUCAGCUGAUAGAACAGUUAUUAUUUGGGACUGCACUAGUGGCAGACAAGUUCAGAAAGUGUCAUGUUUCCAUUCUACUGUAAAGUGUUUGACAGUUCUUCAAAGACUGGAUGUAUGGUUGUCUGGAGGGAGUGAUCUAUGUGUUUGGAACCGAAAAUUAGAUCUCUUGUGUAAGACCAGUCAUCUUACUGAUGCAGGUAUCAGUGCUUUGGUUGAAUUGCCUAAAAAUUGUGUGGCGGCAGCUGUUGGCAAAGAGCUAAUAAUUUUUAGGUUGAUUGCUGCUGUUGAUGGGUCUGAAGGUUGGAAUGUCCGUGAAGUAAAACGCCUUGUUGACCAUCAGGAUAACAUUUUGUCGUUAGUCAGUGUCAAUGACUUGACUUUUGUGACGGGUUCUCAUGUGGGUGAGUUAAUAGUCUGGGAUGCACUUGACUGGACAAAGCAGGUAACUGAGUGCAACUUCUGGGACUCCUCUGUCCAUCCAGAUGUACAGCCAGAAAUAAAGUUAUCCCAAAGCCCAAAUGAAACUUCAGUUCAACACUUAACAUCUGAUGAGGAGUGUGUGUUUGCUGCUGUUGGAAAAGGCAUAUACGUAUAUAAUCUUCAAAUGAAGCGUGUGAUUGCCUGCCAGAGAGCUGCUCAUGACUCCUCUGUACUGCACAUUGAGAAGCUUCCAAACAGGCAGUUGAUCUCCUGUUCAGAAGAUGGCAGUGUGCGCAUUUGGGAGCUUCGAGAAAAGCAGCAGCUGCCAGCUGAACCAGUUCCAACAGGGUUUUUCAGCAUGUGGGGGUUUGGAAGGGCAAACAGGCAGGCAAACCAAGCUGCUAAGAAGGUACAGGAGAAUACACCUAUGUAUUUCUUGGAGUUGGUUGGUGAUUUGAUUGGUCAUUCAUCAGCUGUGCAGCAACUGGCCAUCUAUGCAAGACUUCGCGGGAGUCUCUAUGAUGCCUAAUCCCAGAGUAUCUGAAAUGCCACUCAAAGAUCAGAGACCCCAGCAAGGCUUCAAAAAGAGACAACCGUCAUGUGAAGAACCAGAAACACCAUAAAACUGAUAUUCUCAACAAAAGGACCAAUUUGCAUACAUUCUGUCAUAAAGACAGGAUAUAUGCAGCCUGUCUUUAGCAAAAUAAAAUGAAAAGUGCAGUUCUCCAGAAUUAAAAAAUUAUCCCUCUACAAAAUUACUGGAAUACAAUGUCUGUCUUAAUUCUUUUCUUUACCACAGAUUUACAAGACAGCUUGGAUCUUAAUUUGUUUUAGUCCAGACUGGAGAAACUGAAAGCAUUUUUCUCUGUCAACAGCUAAGAGCAGGGCAUAACAAAUGUAUGUUAUUUUAUUUAUUUAUUUGAUAGGUCUUCUCUUUCAGACUCCUUUCCUACAUUAAUAUUUGGUGGAGUGUAACGUAAGGCACUUGAAUGGGAGCAAACAUUUGUACACAAACAUAGCUGUGAGUGGCAGUAGCUGACAAGACAACUCUGCUUGCAUUAAAUACCAACCACCAAGUUGGAAACUUUGCUAGUGCCACCUAGAGUGCAUAAAAGCUAAUCUGUGCCACACUAGUUUUAGCUGAAAAUAUUUAAAUGCCUUCCUUCACCUCGUGGUCUCUCCAUCCAGAUGUGCUACACAUCACACCAUCACAAACAGCAUGAUACACCUGGAUUAUUUUUCCUACACUCAUCACAUACUGGUAUAUGCCUAUGGCUCUGGGAAUUUAUUCUUCAAGCACAACCACAGACUGCAGGGAAGGAUAACCUACAUCACAUAAAUGUGACUCUAAGAUUGCCUGCUUUCACUGCACCAUAGUGAUCAACGUGGUGUCAUAGGAUGUGGCUUCCCAGUCUUGGAAUCUGUCACAGUAAUGAGCAAAACCUAAAUGCCCACAUAAUCUGUAAAACAACAACAUGUUAACUAGUAACAAGGGUUCUUCAGCUUAAUUCACAGGUAUUCUCACCUUCCUGUUGCAGGAAAGAAACUGUGAGAAAGAAAAACUGCAUUUAUUACAGGGACACAGGAGCAAGCAGUUUAAAACACUGUGGACCAGUUUUGAUGGCAGCAACGGUAACGAGAGCAGCAAAUUGCAUAUAUUGUCUCUUACCACCCCUGUCCAUUAUUAUUUGGCAUCUCAGAGCUCUCCAAUGCUGGUACCUAUUCUUAUGCUACUUGGAAAAGCAGGGGAUGUUAAGCAGUCACUUCCCAUGGUCUCCGUAUGUUAUAUCCUUCUAUGUGAAAAUGAGAAGCUGCCUGACAUUGCCCAGCAAUGCUGGCCCAUGUUUCACAGCGGGAAGGGCCUCAGGUGCCAGAAGGUAACAGGGCACAAGAACCUGCUCACUCCAAAUAAGACAGCAGUGCUGCGUCUGGCUCAGAUCACUAGAACCACAAGCUCAAAACUGGCCUUUGGUGCCUCCUUCCUCAGAAAAGAGUGUUACUCCAAACAUCACACAGCAUCAGAAGGGAUUAUCCCUUUAUACUCCACGCUGUUAGUCGAAAGCUAUGUGUGAGCUACUGAGAGCUUGAUGGGGCUGUCUGCAGGUAAGCAAACCUGCCCGAGACACAGGGCGAGGGCUGUGCAGACAUGCUGCAGCAGCUCGGUGCUGGCUGGACGUGACUAGCUCCAGCCCGGGCACUGCAGACAGUUACCUCAGCCCGGUGCUGGGGCCGAACCGAUGGCCUGCUGACAGGUCCUAAACCUGGAAACACCAGGGCAGAUCUGCUGGCACAAAUCAGCACAGUUCCACACUAAUUUCAAAGACAAAGGGGUGCCAAGGUACACCAGCUUCAGGAUGAGACAGAGUGUUCUAAUGCAACAAAGAGAAAUACAUCUCAACUGUGAAUGCAUGGCAAGAACUCUGCACAGGAGACUGAAUUAUUAAUGAUGGUUACAAAUCCAAUUCAUGAUGUGACAUCAGAGCAGCUGGCAUCUGUCAUUGGCCACCUGCUCUGACCACUGACUCAACAGAGGGAAGAGACAACAUUUCAUGUCAGCAAAGAACCAGCCAUGAUCUCAAGCACAGGGGUAUAUAAAGGUAAAUGAUAAUAUUCUAACCUGACUGAGAAUUGUCUCCUGUGUACUUCUCAUCACGGUGACUCUUGUAGAGCUGAAGAUGCACCAAGAGUAAAAUAAAAUAAGGAAAAAGAAUACAAAAAGACUUUAAAAGGGCUACAUUCAACACCAUCCUUAUCCAGCAUUUUCUGUUCUGCUGUUUACAAAAAAAGUGCUUAAAAGACUCUUCAGGCCUAGUAACAUGUAGAGAAAUACUAUGAGCAUUAACAGAUAUGCAAUGCAGAAAAUCACAGAUACCGUAGUGCUUUUAUGUACUAAAUUCCUGUUCAAUGCCUGCGUCUGCAAGAGAACUGACAUUCUUUUUUAGAUAGUUUUAAGUGCAAAUUGCAUAUGAACCUGAAAGAUUCCAGAAAUAAAAUGCAAAAAGAAAAAAAAAUCCUAAGAUGUUCAUUUUUGGCCUCUGUACAGUAAUUUUAAACCCAUUUUCUUAGUACUAGCUCCGCUAAUCUUGCAUACAUCCUUUCAUGAGUCACUGAGGAACUGGACUUCAAAAAAACUCAGUUACAAAAACAACUCUCCAGCAACUGAAGAGUAGAGGUAGGUGUCUUCCUUCAGAACUUUCUUUAUUUCCAAGUAAUUUUUGAUCAGAAAAAGUUAAACACAAAAUCUUUGUGCUUCUGAAACAUCUUGGGUAGCUCCACCAAUAGGUAUUUCAAACUUUCUUAGAAUUUAAAUAGGGUAUUUCCAUCAUCUUAAAAGUCCACACGUACUGCUUGAUUUACAAUAACACAGAUUAAGUGCUCCUCUGCUUUUCUAUCCUGCUCAGAAACAAAAGCAUAGUCUGUCCGGUACAUGACAGUUUAAUAUCUGCUAAUAACUUCUCUCCACUCCUUUGUCAUGUGGUUACAAGAAACUGUUUUGCUGUUAAUAGGAAAACUGAGCAGAAUUUUCAGUACCUCAAGUCUUCCCUCUAAAAUUAGCACAUGAUGUAUUUAGGUAUAGCUAACAGAGACACAGAAAAGGACUAAAAAUAAUGCAUUACUUUUUUUACUCUAGUCACUAUAGAAGAUAUACAUACCCUCUAAUUCAGAUGAAUAAACUUCAGUGCCUAGCACUGCACUUACACAUUAUUCAUUACACAUCACAUUUAGGAGUCCACUAAUGUCAUCUAACUUAUGGCGACUGUUUCCUCUGACCAAAUCCAUCACCUGCCUAUAGCAAAGCACUAGAUUGUGUGGAAGCACAAAAUCCAUGGUUGCAACCUGUGAGUUAAAAGGAGAGCACAGCAAAGUUGCACUUACACCCUUUUAGCAUCUGUAUCAGUUCAUGACUGAGCAUGCUGGAGGGUCCCCACAGGGAUAAUUCAGGAAAGAAAGUAAAGGAAUGAUACAAAUUCUGUUUUCCAUCAUUCUAGCACAUGCUCCACUUUUUUUUUUUUUUUUUUUUUUUUGCUGGUGCAGAGAGGAGAGGAAGAAUGUGGAAGGCAAAGAGAAUGGAAAGGCAAAAAACCAAAAUCCAGGAGUGGCUUUCUGUAAUGAGUAAGAGGGAAAAAAAACCCAGGAAGGGGAAAACCUGUGCUCAUGCUCCAUAUAGAUCUUGUUCAAGGGAGUGUAAGGAAUUAAUCUUCCAGAAAACUGAUUUUAUAAGCUUAAAACACCUGUCUUGUGAUCAUGCAGGAACUCUCAGAGAAAUCAUCUUGUCCAAAGUAAGAUCGAGGAAGCUCAUCAGAUAUGGUACAGUGACACAAGGCAUCUGAACUGCUUGUUCUGGUCCCAAACUGGAGCUUCUAUCAGAGCCCAUGGAUCUAUCUCUGUCUACUGCACAACUGGCAGAAAACAUUGGCACAGUCCUUUAGAGUGCCCUACUAAAAAAAUAAACCACAUUUCAGUUCUGCAUACUUCUCUUACCCCUUCUGCAGGCAUGACCUGAAAGAUCCAGGUAAGGUAACAUAUGAGGGCAGUUACACAGCUAAUCUUGGGCCAAUAUGUUCUUAAGAGGAGAAACGCUACCUCUGUUGUAAAUCUGUGAAUGUGCAAACACUGGACUCUAACCUGCCAGGUCUCAAAUUGGCAAAAACAGCAUUAAUCAUUACCUAGGCUUCAGCACAUGGAAUAGUCACAUGAAAGUCAAUCCCCAUUCAUAAACCUUCACUGUAAGGAUACUUGAUACACUCUGAGAUGUAUUUUCUUCCAUGCAUAAAUACUUGGUUUUUGUAUGUGAUAGAUUUGUCACAGAAAUACAUGAAGGUUCCUGCAGCACAGUGACCUCUAAUCAUACUGUGAUAUCCCUUACCAAGGCUGUUGGUAAUGACAACAUGCAUUUUUUAAGGUGAAACAAUUCAUAACAAUGCAAGGAUGUAAGUCUAAAUGCUGAGAUCAAGCCAUUAAUGAUUAUGUUGAUGCAGUGAAACAUCAGACAUUUGCAUCAAAAUUUGAAUUACGACAGCUUUUACUCCUCUAUAACUAAAUAGUUUGUUCGAUUUCUUCUUGUCCUUCCAUAAGGAAUUAUCUGGGGCUUGAAAAUAAACCUAACAUUUUUUUAGGGCAGAGAAAAGUUGUACUGCUACAGGUAUUCAGACAUGGAUUUUAAGAAAACUGCAAUGUCUGAAUGUUGAUCGGGAUUUAAAACAUCACAUUAGUAUUGCUAGAAAAAUAACUCUUAAAAGUCUCAUGAAUAUAAUACAGAUACUCCUGUACAUCAUCAUCACUGCCCAUCUAAAAUAAAAAAAAAAAAAAGCCAACCCAAACCCAAACACACCCAACCCCCCCAAAUUUCAAGACACUCUUUGAAUUUUUUCAUGCAAUGCCAGAGCACCUGGUGCUCUGCUACAGACAGGAGGUAUUUCCACCACAGAAGUGAAACAGAGUAAUUACCUAGUUCUGUUGAAUGCACCUUGGUUUUUUCCCUAAUGGACCUUAAAUCUCCACAGACCAUGCUUUCUGUUAGGCUGUGGUCUUCAACCUUUGUGGCAGAUCUCUACAUCUGUGGAGAACCCUUCAAGGCCAUAUUCUUUGGGCCCACCAAAUGUGUAAAGCUUCCCAGACCUAUAGCUUGUUGCAUUAGUGCUUUAUUUACCAAUAACUGCUUAUGAACCAAAACUAAAAAUGUUGACUUCCUGGUGCUUUCCAAAGUGCAAUGGGGAUGGUUUCAACAGUCAUAUUUUAUCGAAUACCACCUAUGAACUUCUUCAAAUAGUAAAGGUUUUCCAGUAAUGUGUUAAUAUUCAGUAUUGUUGUACUGAAGAAAGGGCAACUACAAAUAGGAGUGACUUUCUAAAUACCUUUUAGGCACAAGUGUCUUAAUCCACAUAAUGGAUAAAAGCACAUUAAAAUUCUAACUAAAAGAAGAUACAUAACCCCUCCUCUAAAGAACAUGGAAACACACCCUGUUUCCAAAGCCCAUCCUCAGCCUAAAAUGUUGCCAGCUAUUGCCUGUGCUUCCCACUUUCUAUCUCACCCCUACAGACCACAGGCUCAAGACAGAUUUCACUCCUUUGCUCACAAAAGUCCAGACUUCUUUACAGGCCCCAUACUAGAGUAUUUUUGAGGCAGACACUUUCAGAGGGAGGGAACCAGGAGCAGAUGACGGCAAACAGCUCCCCAUGCCACCAGCUUUGCUGCAGGACUUGCUUGGGGGGAUUUGUGCCUGGAAUGCAGAGACCCAUGUCAACUGCCACUGCUGGUUUACUUGGGUUAUGGCUUGGGUUACACCCCUCCACAACACACCUGAUGGUCACGAGAUGCCUCAGGUCCUGCACGAAGGCUACACUUUAUUCAGGAACCUCACACUGGCAACCUUGUGACAGCUGAGCACAGGUCAUUAUUGGACAUAAGUACACCAGAUCACACUGGCAAGAGCAGCUGUAGAAAAAUGCCCCUGAACUCCCUUUGGACUAUGGUCUGUGUUGCUUCACAGUGUCACGCACUCAACUGCCACAUCCAUGUUCCAGAGAAUUAAAGCCUUUCUUUCUCUACUCAGCAGUCCUAGAAAAGAAGAAUAGCCCAUGCAAAUGCUGAAGUUUUCUUGCUCGCUCCACCAAUCAAGGAGAAUCUCAUU